CGGCCCCAAUCUCAAUUCUGUUUUAGUUUAGCUUUAGCCUCUUGUUGCUGUUAGUUCGAUGUGCAACUCUUUUCAUCAAUAAUAUACAAAAUUCACUUAUAUCGUCGCGUAUUAUUUUUUUAAAUCUCGUUUAAUCGUUUAUUUCGCGAAUUUGGCAAAUUUCAAAAAUUUGAUUUUAAUUUCUCCUAAAAAACAAAAGAAAACAUUUAUUAUAGUGCAAUUUAACGGUGCGAUUACCAAAUGGAUUAAAAAAAAUAUUUGUUCUUUUUAUUUAUUUUUUAAUACAAGUGUUUAUAUAUAAGAAUCGCUGAUUUUUGCAUAUAGCCUGGAUAAUAAUACAAGGAGACUAUCUGAAUGGAUAUAUCUUUCAGUGUAAAAUCAGUGUUUUUUGGAUCAAUUUUUUUUUUAUUGGCUAAAUGAUUGACGAAAAAUGGUCUCACAUUUAGUUUCAGUACCUGGGGAGAUGCAACAAGGAAAUGGCAAUCUCAGUUCCUCGGCCCUCUGCAUCCUGCAGGAUCCACUUCGUCCCGUUAAAAUUAAACAGGAACCUCAGCAGCUGUCUCCAACUUUAACAUAUUCGUCCAUUCAUCAAGUGAACAAUUUCGUCUUGGAAUUACAGUCAAACAGCUGUAUGAGUACAACAUCAAAAAGUCCCGAUUUACCAAUUAUAUCAAAAUCUUUAAAUUCACUUCAACUACAUCAAAACAAUCACAGUCACAAUAGCUGUAUGAGUGGUUCAACAAAAUCACUUGAUUCAUCGUCAAUAGGAAAUUUGUCAAAAUCAUUAAGCGCCCAACAAUCAACAAUAAUAAAUCAAAAUAAUCAUAAUCACAAUAGUGCAACAAAUGAAUUAUCAAUUCUCACAUCAAAUUCAUUAGGUCAUUCAAAUAAUCAUCAACAUCAUAAUCAUAAUAAUAAAUUGAAGGAAAAAGAUAUUUCAUUGACUGUUGUUGGACAAAGUACAAACAAUGGUAACAAUAAUAAUAAUAAUUCAAUAACCAGUGCAUCAUCAUUGGCAACAAAUGCAAAUGAUUCGGAAUCAAAUGUUUCUGGUACAAAUUCAACAUCAUCAUCAUCGGCAACAUCAACAACUGCUAAACCACCAUAUAGUUAUGUUGCAUUAAUUGCAAUGGCUAUUAAAAGUAGUCCCCAUCAACGUGCAACAUUGAGUGAAAUUUAUUCUUAUAUCACGACAAAUUUUCCAUAUUAUAUGAAUAAUAAAAAGGGUUGGCAAAAUUCAAUUAGACAUAAUUUGUCGUUGAAUGAAUGUUUUCAAAAAGUACCAAGAGAAGGUGGCGCCGAGAGGAAGGGCAAUUUUUGGACACUUGAUCCACAAUACGAUGAUAUGUUUGAACAUGGCAAUUAUCGUAGACGAAGACGUAUGAAACGUCCAUACAGAAAUACUUCUUAUCAUCCAAAAAGUCUAUUUAGUGAUCCUUAUUCAACGAGUCAUGUUCAUCUUAGUGCAACUAGAAAUCUUUUUGCUCAUUCGCCACCGUCUUAUGCUCCUCCAUAUCCUCGAUACGAUACCAGCUCCUGGCAACCACAAUUUUCGAGUUAUUCACAUUGUCAAGCGCUGCAGCAACAAUUGCAGCCAAUGCAGUCCAUGCAGAUUCCAUCGAUGAAUGGUUACGGUCAAUUAAGUUCAUCCUUAGUCAAAGCGUUUCAAGGAAAUUACCUCGAUGUUCCAGGCAGUGCGACAGGUUCACCGGUUUCAAUGAGUGGAAGUUCAUUUGGUAGUAAUUUUUCCACAUGUGGAAGAAGGUACGAUACAACUGCAACAGUUGCCGCUGAUACCAUGUCCUCAAGAUAUCCAUAUUGGUCCGAUGUUAUAAAAGAAGAACCGGGAAGUACGACAGUGUCACCGAGUGGCAUGUCACCACCACUUGGUGUUGUAUCAAAUAUGGUAGGAUCUGUCUCAUCACCAUUUGUCGAUAGUAACAAACGCUUGUACUAAAUAGAAAAAAAAGAUGUUAAAUGCAGGUACGUCAGAAAUAUUAUAUUAUUCAAUAUAAUCUUCAACGUAUGCGGCUGUUAUUGGAUCACGUAUACUUUUCAAUCAUCUCUUUUCGAGAUUAUGUUACAAUUCUGUAUGCGAAAAAACGUAUCGAUCCUGAUCUCCAAUAAUAAUUGACGUUAAAAAAUAAGAUUUACAAAAAAAAAUAAAUAAAUAAACAAUUGCGUCUAGUUAUUAAGUUAUGAUUUAAAUUUAUAUUCUAUUUAUCACAUUACAUUUGGCUGUGCGUGGCCCCCCUUUCUCCCCCUUCUUUUGUAUUAUUAUAUAGAAACUCGAGUUUUAUUGUACACUUUUUAAAAUUGGCAACAAAAACUUCAAUUUAUAUCCUUUAAUUGCUUGAUAUUUUUUUUUUUUUUCAUUACUUUUGUAAAAUUUUAUUUCUUCUUGUCAGUUAAAGGGUAUGGAAUAAAAAUUUAGAAACAAUUUUUCUAUAUGGAAAUUAUAUUUUGAUUUAUUUACGCAUGUAUUUUUCUAUAGUUAACAAAAUUUGGAACAAAAUUCGUGUGUGUAUUUCUCUCCACCUUGGAAUAAUUUCAAAAAUAAUUCCAACUUGAUUAAUAUCAGCGCUGACUGUUGAGAGCAAGAAAUAUAUUAGAUACAUAUAUAUUUGUGCCGUCGCAAAUCGCGUAACAUAAUUGUUCACCUCUAUUUUGCACAAAAGAAUUUUACUCUAUUCUUUUUACUCUAUAGUAAUUUUUACUUAGUAUUUUUCGUUAAUUACUCAAUUAUUCUUAAUAUUAUUAUUACUAAAAAUCUAAUAAUAUAAUAAUAAUAAUAAUUUUUUUUUAAAUUACUGAAUUAAAAUUUUUCACUAAAAAAUUCAUUUAUUGUUAUUUUAAAUAAAUAAACAAAAAAAAACUAUAGCGAAAAACAUGCGUACAUAUAGAAAAUUGGUUUUGGUUUUUAAUUAUUUUUUAAAGAAAAUUUUUUUUACUUGAAAAGUGUGUUAAUUGCAGUAUAAGGCUGACUGAUAAAAAUUCUGCAUAUGUGUAUAAAAAAAUAUUAUAUAACUCGCUACAUUGCUAAAAAGGAAAAAAAUUAAAAACAGUUAAAAUUAACGUGUAAUAAAUAUUGAUGUAAAUUUAAUAAUAUAGCUAUAUAUAUAGUUAAGUGUACGAUUAUCUCCUAUAUAUGAACACUUAUAGAAACCAAAAAUUGAUUACAACUUUAACAGUUGUGAUGUAAUCGUAAUAUAAUAAUCUUCAUAAAAUAAUUUUCUCAUAUUUUUUUUUUUUUCAUUUUCUUUGUAAAGAUAUUUUUUCACUUGUAAAGAUAAUUAUUCGUUUCAUGUAUAAAAUUUAAUAUUAUAGUAAAUUUAAGUUUUGAACAAUGUUCAAUUAUAUAAGUCGUCAUGAAUUUAUUUUAAAAAAGGGUAAUAAAAAAAAAAAUAAAUGAAAACUCCACCGUCCUCGAAAUUCGUUAAUAGAGAGGCUUAUUACGAAACACAAGUAGCGAAUUUUUUUUUUUUUGCGUUUUUUAUGUUGAAAAACUAAUAGUGUAUACGUGCUUUCUCUGAAGAUAUAUAAUUAAAAAAAAAAAGAAAAA